UCUCAUAGGUGCCCAUCAGCUUCGGCCAUGAACUCCUUUGGCCUGUGCACCCUUCGGAGCUUUUUCGGGCGCGAAGGCGAGCCCGAUGCAGAGGAUCAGCCCUCUCGGAUCGUGUUUUUCGAUUUCGACUUCACGCUAACGGUGAUCCAUGUAUUCAAGUCUCUGGCUGGCUGGGUGGAUGCACAAGUCUGCAUGCUGCCCAUGCGGGGCAUGAUCGUGCCGGAGCCCCACGCUUUGUCUGAGCGGGGUCAAUUAAGGCGACUGUCCGAGCUCGGACCGGCGUGGAUUGAACAAGCCUUUGGUGGUUUCAGCCGAGUAACAGCCAUCCGCAAGUUGCUUGACGGGCUGACGCAGAGUGGCUGCAGAAUCAUCCUGGUCACCCGCGGCUACGUGGGUGUGGCAAGAAAAUGCUUGAAAGAGGUCGGGCUGCUAGAACCCUUCGAAGCUCUCUAUGGGAACAUUGGAGUGGCAUACGGAACGCGGACGGCCUACGACGUUGAGACUGAGAUGAAUGGCAUUGGUGUUUCUGAAGAAAUCGAUCGCCUGUGGAGCAUGCUGGGGAAGUGGAAAGAAGGCGAGUGGGAUUCGAAGACUGAGAUCGUGCACAGGUAUCAGCACCAGGAGAUGUUGACGCGAAACCAGGUGCUUUUCGUGGACGACGACUCCCAGGAGCUCGCGCCCUUGCGGCACAGUGCGAUGACGGUCCACGCCAAGGGCAACGGCAUGGGCGCCGCAGAUAUGCUGGAGAUCCUGAACCUGCUGAGCCUUGGCUGCGCGCCCUGGGCCGAGGCCUGCUAUGACUUCUGGCAUGCGCUUCGGGAUCCCCUGGCCAGCAAGCCCUUCGCGAUCAUGAUGUUCAACCGGAAGCACAUCCCCAUCCGGAUCAGCCGGCACAUCGAGAUGCUGGAAUCCGAGUUCGCUGAGAGGAAGAGCUCCCUGCGGCGCUUCACCUUGCUGAUGCGCGAGCCUCUGCUCUUCUUGUCCAUCGCCCAGGAUGCGUACGUCAAGCAUGUGAACUUGACCGGAGACACCCGCUUUACUCUGUCCAGCUUGGCUCCGGUGAUUCAAGGUGUUCAAGAGCAGUUCGGCGUGGGUCCUAUAUUAUCUGAAGGAUCCUUCUGUGAUUGGCACAGAAUGAAGUCUCCAGAUGAUGAGGAGUGCUUUCAAGCAUGCAUCCAGCCGAUGCCCGUCACCAUCCCGUCAAACACCACAGGGCACUUGUACGAAGAGCCCUUGAGCAAGCGCACGCCCGAAGAGCCGGUGCAAACUUUGACCUCCCUGGUGCGGAUGUUCCAGCAGACGCUGAUCGGGCUGUGUCCCAUCACCCUGGCCACUGCUGGCAGGCACCGAAACACCAUCUGCUGCCACGAGGUGCACUCUUCGCCGGAAGAGGCGGUGUGGAGCCGGUACCGGAAGGUGAAGCACAUUGGUGCCGGGCACUUUGGGGAGGUCUUCCAGGCCAAGGAGCUUUGCAGCGGCCGAGAAGUGGCGGUGAAGCAUCUGGAGCGCCUCGAUCCCGAGGAGGAGGGCCAGGGGGACGAGGUGAGCGUGCUGAGGGCCCUGGCGCAUCCCAACCUGCUGCGGAUCUUCGAGGUGGUGAAGUUCCCCCGCGAGGUGCUGAUUGUGACGGAGCUGGCAGCGGGAGGCACCCUCUCCACAUAUGCGGAGCAACACGAAGAGGGCCCCUGGAUCUCAGGAGCUAUGCAGCAGAUCUUGAGCGCAGUGGCAUACUGCCAUCGCCAAUUUGUUUUGCACGGAGAUCUCAAGCCCGAGAACGUGCUGAUUGGCGGUCGGCGACCGGACGGUUCGCCUCUCUGCAUCGUCUGCGACUUCGGGCAUGCCACGGUGUGCCUGGGCUCCGCUCUGGUGGCCGCGCCCGGAGAUCCGCGCUACAUCCCGCCGGAGGUGAUCGCCAAGGAGAAUUUGUGCACCAGGAGCGACGUGUACAUGCUGGGGGUCACCGCUUUUGAGCUGCUCACCGGGGGGUGGCUGCCCUUCUUCAAUUUGAAGUCUGCGUCCUUGUCCAUGUGCUAUCAGCAGCUGAGCCGCGGGGGGGUGCACGAGCGGAUCUUGUCCGAGAAGGGCCUGGAUUGGAGGGACUUGGAGCGGCUGCGCAACGCUUGCCAGUCCUUGCAGAUUCCUGAGGUGCAGGACAUCGUGUUGUCCAUGAUGGCCCGCCAGGCCGCAGACCGGCCCGAAGCGAUCGAGGUGCUACGCACGAAUUGGCUGCAGGAUGCCCAUGGACCCUGCAUGAGCGCCUACGAUGCCAUGCUCAAGGCGGACGCCUCCAAUGGCUGGGGCCUUUGGGUGCCCCAGCAUCCCAACUUCGCCAAGCGCCUCGAGGAGCGCGCGGGGCUGAGUUCGACCUUCCGCAUGCUGCUGAGUUUGCUGGGCUCCGGGCUGCGUUCCGAGUGGCUGCUGGGGGCGCGCCUGCUUUUUCGGCGCAUGGACGAGGGGGGGAACGGGCAUUUGAACAAGAAGCAGUUUUGCAAGGCGGCGGUCAGCGCCGGCCUCCCUUUGGAGGUCUCCGAGGCCCUCUUCGCGGCCGGGGAUUUGCACAUGCAGAGCUAUUUGGAUUUCAAGAACGUGGUGAUGCUUUUCUUGGAUCUGGAGGCCUUUAGCACCGAAGAGCUCUUGGGAGAGCUGCGCUUCCUAGUGGCACGCAUCCGCGGACCCCGGCGAAGCGAGUCGAGAGGCGAUGUCAGCCCCAGGUCCUGCUGGUCUUCCUCUUCCGAGACCUCCUUCAGGUUGUCGGACCUGCAGGCGAUGCUCCGCGCGCGGCCCGAUGCGCGCAUGGAGCUGUGGGUCCAGGAUCUGCAGGCGGGGCUGGGGCCCGGGGAGCACGACUUCACCCCGGAGCUGCUGCUGAGGCUUCUGCAGCAAGACUGCUUUGAUCAAUCCUCAAAGCACAGCUGAAGCAGGAAAGGGAAACCACUAUGUCACGUCGCAUCGAUCGAAAAGGGAGGAACGGCAGAGAGAUGCGAAUUGAUUGACCAUACUACAAGCGCAAUGCCGCUAUGGCGAAUCGGCAACUGGAUGCGGCUGGAAGGAAUCGCAAUGGCUGUGGUCUGGAGGGUCGAAGAGCAAAUUGGACAAUGGAUCCGGCUGGAGAAGCGGGCGCCAAGGGGACCGACCAUGCUCAGCAAAAGGAUUUGGCGCGAAGCUCUGAAGAUGGCAAAAGGCCGCGUGUCGGG